AUGUUAAGCAAUAAGGACCCUCUCUCUUUGAUGGCGAUGUGGGGUUCAGUGAAGGGCUACGACCCAAAUCAGGGGGCCAGUUUUGAGGGGCCGGAAAAACGUUUGGAGGUGAUCAUGCGUAUUAUUGACGAGACCCACUCGGAGGGCCUCCAUGCCCUUGGAGAUGAGGUAUGGAAAGGUGUGGUGGGCUCGUUAAAUGCCCAAAUUGUAUCCAAAGAGAGUAAUGAGUAUAUUCGCUCUUAUGUGCUAACGGAAAGCUCAUUGUUUGUCAUGCGGGACCGUAUCAUCCUGAUCACAUGUGGCACGACGACUCUACUUAAUGCCGUUCCUUUCGUUUUGGACGCAGUUAGUGAUGUACGAGGGGAGGUGGAAUGGGUCUCUUUCAUGCAUAAGAACUACAGUUUUCCGUGGGAACAGAAGGGACCACAUCUCUCCAUGGCAGAGGAAUUCAACACUUUAAGAACGUACUUUCCAUCGGGAAAGCCUUUUAUAUUUGGUCCUGUCGAUAGUGAUCAUUACUUUCUAUUUGUCUAUGACGACGUUAUUCGUCCAUGUGAGACGGAGAACGAUACACAGUUGAGUAUGACAAUGUACGGGCUAGAUCGUACGCAGACGAAGCAUUGGUUCUCGGAUCGUUUUAUCUCAACAGGCACGGAGACGGCCGCUAUCCGCAAGGCGACAAAACUGGACAAGGUGGCAGAUGACUCAUGGAAGUUGCAUGAUUUGCAAUUUGAGCCGUGUGGGUAUAGUAUAAAUACAAUUCGUGGUGCAGAAUACCAGACGAUCCACAUAACACCAGAAGAUCACUGCUCUUUUGCCUCGUAUGAAACGAAUACACCCGCGGUCAAUUAUUCGGAGCGGAUAAACACCGUGUUGGGAGUUUUUGCUCCAAUACGUUUUUCCGUGAUUGUCUUCAUUGAUCCUGACAGUGAUGUUGGAAGGCUGUACCAGAAGGGACAGAACGUUGGGGUUGAAGCGGAGUAUUACCCGAAGUAUGAACUGCAGAAUCGUACGGUCAAUGAAUUUGCCCCAGGCUACGUGGUGAUGAAGAUGAAUUACGCAAGGAGGGCGGAAGUAACUGAGAAAGACUCCACAGAUUCUGUGGAAGAGUAG